ACAGCAACGGCCAAAAUAAUGUAUGUUUACCUAGUGGUCUUUGCAGGUUUAUGGUAUUUGGUGUGGAUAAAAUUAAUAUAUGACCGACACCGGCACACUUUUAGGAAGUCACUGGAACAAGCGAUGAACGUUUCGUCAGGAAGAGAAAAUGACGGCGCUGACGUCAGAGCUCUGAUUGUUACUGCACAUCCGGAUGAUGAAUGUAUGUUCUUCGCGCCGACAAUCAUACGACUGGCUGAGUUAAAUGCCCGCGUCCACCUGCUGUGUUUGUCUGAAGGAAACUACUACAACCAGGGAGCUCAGCGGAGGGAAGAGCUUCUAAGCAGCUGUGCUGUGUUGGGGAUACCAGCCUCCAGAGUCACCAUCAUAGACCAUAAGAAACUUCCAGAUGAUCCCAAAGCAGAAUGGAGCGUCUCAUUAGUCUCCUCCACAGUCCUGAAUCACAUUAACGAACACUCCAUCAACACGGUGCUGACCUUUGAUGGAAGCGGUGUGAGCGGCCAUGCCAAUCACGUAGCCAUCUAUAAAGCUGUCAGACAUCUCGCUUCCACCGGUGAUUUACCUAAAGACUGUGUGUUGCUCUCCCUGGAGACUGUUGGCCUUCUAAGGAAGUACCUCUCCUUCCUGGACCUUCCAUUCAGCUGGCUUCUACCGUCACAUUUCUGCUGCGUUGUGGGUUCAAAGGGCUACAAGCAAGCUAAAGCUGCUAUGCUGUGCCAUCGCACUCAGCUGCUGUGGUUUCGGUACCUCUACAUCACCUUCUCCAGGUAUAUGUUCAUUAACACAUUCCAGAUGAUUCCACAAGGACCGAAGAACCUGAAAAUCUACUGAGAGCUCCAACCUGUGACUGUGUGUUUGUUGUAAAUCAUGCAGCUUACUCAAGCCUUAGAAACCAGAAUAUUUUCAUGUGAUCUUUAGAAACAAAGCAGACUAAGGUUUCUAAGAUUGUAAACAAUAUUAAUCCUACUGGGCGUUAAUGGGACACAAAGAAUGUUGUUGUCAGGACACUGUAUAAAAACACUACU